AUGCCUCCAUCACCUAAUCUCCUCCUCUCCCAACCCCUAACCCUCCCCGUCUCCAACCUCACCAUCCCCAAUCGCCUCGCCAAAGCCUCCAUGUUCGAAGACUGCGCCGAUCCCACCACCAACCUCCCCUCCCCCCAAUUAAAAGCCAUCUCCUCCUCCUGGUCCACCGGCUCCUGGGGCCUCAUCCUCACCGGCUCGGUAGCCAUCGACCCCCUCCAAGUCACCACCAACGCCGUUCUUGCCAACCAACCCAACCUCCCCGAAGAAACCCUCCUCUCCUCCCUCCAAUCCUGGGCAGCUUCCUUCCGCCCCCCUGCCUCCUCCAACACCCCCCCAUCCCCAGUAAUAGUCCAACUAAUCCACCCGGGCAAACAACUCCUCCGCUUCGCCUCCAAAGCCCGCUCCAUGUUCGAACCCCCCUUGGCCCCCUCCCCCAUUCCCCUCGACCUAGGCCCCGGCCUCCUCCCAAAGAUAGCCCGCACCCUCCUCUUCGCCCACCCCCGAGAAAUGACCAUCCCCGAAAUCCAAUCCCUCAUCACCAAGCACGCCCACUCCGCCCUCAUCCUCGCCAAAGCCGGCUUCAACGGCGUCCAGAUCCACGCCGCCCACGGCUUCCUCCUCACGCAGUUCCUUUCCCCUCAUUCCAACAAGCGAACCGAUGCCUACGGUGGCACAGCUGCCAAGCGAGCCCGCGUCAUCCUCGAGAUCAUCGCUGCCGUGAGGGAAGCCACCAAAGAAUACAAAGGGUUCGUCGUAGGCCUCAAGCUAAACAGCGUGGAUCACCAGCAAACCGACAGGCAAGGCAAAGAAGACAGCAUCGAGCAGCUCCAACUCCUGGCAAAGACAGAGCUGGAUUUUGUCGAGAUCAGCGGGGGCAGUUUUGAGGAUAUCAAACCGAGGGAGAUGCUCGCCGAGAGCACCAAGAAAAGAGAGGCGUUCUUUCUCGAGUUUGCCAGAGUAGCUAAGCGGGAGUUGGCCGGGAUUCCAUUGAUGGUUACGGGCGGCUUCACCACCAGGCUUGGGAUGGAGGAGGCGCUCAGGAGGGGUGAUUGCGAUAUGGUUGGGUUGGCAAGGCCCUCGAUUUUCGACCCUUUGCUUCCGAGGAAUGUCCUCUUGAACCCAGAGGUCAAAGAUGAGGAUGCCAAGGUGACCCGUGUCAAUGUUCCGGUGCCUUGGUUGUUGCAAAAGAUUCCGCUCAAGCUGGUUGGGGCUGGUGUGGAUGGUGUAAGUGGUUCCUUCAGCCAAUGA